AUGGUUUCCACGUUCCUGACCCCAUCUCGGUUCGCCAAAGAACACGACCUGGCCUCUCUGCACCUGCGGCGCGACCAGUCUCUGCCGGUGGUCCUGUCAACGCAAGUGACCAAGGACGCGGAUGAAGGGUACGCCGAGGGCGUGGUGACGAACACACGGUUCGGCUCGUUCCCGCACUCGACCAUCAUCGGCGUGCCCUGGGGCAGCCAGAUCCGGGCAAGCAAGGUUGACACGGGGUCGCGCGGGUGGACCAAGAAGAGUCGCCCGGGCAAGAAGGGCAGAGAUGUCGGCGGCGGCGGCGCUGGAGGAGGAGGAGGAGGAGGAGGAGGAGGAGGAGGAGGGAAGAAGCGGAAGGCGGACGAGGCGCUCUUGGAAUCAGAAGGAGGAACGGAGGGAGGAAGAGAUGACGAGCGUCUAGAAACUCCGCAAGAUCCGACGGGAGCGGGAGCAGUGAUGGCCAAGGAGGCCGUCGUGGCGGACUCGGGCUUCGUGCACGUCCUCCCGCCCACGGCCGAGAACUGGACCACCUGUCUCCCGCACCGCACCCAGGUUGUCUACACGCCGGACUACAGCUACAUCCUGCACCGCAUCCGGGCGAGGCCCGGAAGCAGGCUGAUCGAGGCGGGCAGCGGGAGCGGGAGUUUCACGCACGCGGCGGCGAGAGCUGUGUUCAGCGGGUAUUAUCCCGCGAAAGAGCGGAGUCGUCCUGACGACAUUGUGGGCGAGGGGGAAAAGGAGGCCGGUCAUGGUCCUGCUCCUGCUGCUGCCGUUGCUACGACUGUGCAAGAAGGCGGAAACGAGGGAAAUGGAGCGCUGAUGACGAGAGGAGACGGCAAUGGCGAGAGAGACGGGAAGAACGAGAGAUGCGGACGCGUCUUCAGCUACGAGUUCCACCGUGAGCGACACGACAAAAUCAAAGCCGAAAUGACUCUACACGGGUUAGACACCAUUGUCCACGCCAUGCAUCGAGACGUCUACAAAGAUGGCUUUCUAGUCUACGACUCUGAAGAAACUCCCUCCGACGAGAGGACCUCCCCGCGUGCCAACGCCAUCUUUCUGGAUCUGCCUUGUCCAUGGGAGGCUCUGCCUCAUUUGACCCGCGAGCCGCUGCACGAAGGCGCACCGAGCGUCCUCGACCCUCACUCCCCUGUCCACAUAUGCACGUUUAGCCCUUGCAUCGAGCAGGCGCAAAAAACAAUCUCCGCGCUUCGGAGGUACGAUUGGAUAGAGAUUGAGAUGGUGGAGGUGCAACACAAGCGCAUCGAAGUUCGACGAGAGUACACGGGACUCGAGUACGACGGCAUGCGCUCAAGCAAUGUUUUUGCAGCCAAUGUUGAGGAGGCGGUAUCAAGACUAAAAGAAGUGGAACAAAGGUUGAAGGAUUUCCACGCAGGAAAGAACUCGGAUGAGUACAAGAAGUCCACAAAUAUCAAUGACCAGCAGCGGGAGAGCGAGGCAGGCAAGCCACCAUUCAACGGAGGUCAGCUUGUGCACAGGACAGAGGCCGAAUUGAAAACGCACACUUCGUAUCUCGUCUUUGCGGUGCUGCCCAGAACAUGGUCCGAAGAAGACGAGGCGUCGGCACAGGAGAAGUGGUCAAGACAUGUGAAGAUCAUAUCGCAUGCGCCCAAGAGCCAGCGCCAGUUGAAGAAGGAGGCGAAACUGAGAGCAAAAGGUCAGACCCAGAACGGCGUUAGAAAUAAAACGUCGGCCAUACGUGAAGAUGCGGUGAAGGAGACUACAUAG